AUCCAAUACCAAGAACAAAGACCCCUUUUUGGGGUGGCGGGAAGUCAAUUCAUCCCACCAAGGCGAAAAAAAAAAGCAGCCUCCAGUCUUUCAGAUCUAUUUUGUCUAUUUGUUUUGAUUCAAUUCAGGCUGUGCCAAACAAUCGCCGUAAACGAGCGACCAUGUCCGAGUUUCCUUGCACCCUCACCAUCGACGUGCCGUUCCCUACGGCCAGGCUAGCCAAAGUGGCACUUGGCUCGCUCAGUGUCGACAAGGAGCUUUCGCCAUCCGUGCAACGGGAGUUCUCCACAGUCUCUGCUUCCUCGGGUUCGUCCGAGGAGACGGUUCUGCGCACUGAGUACAGCGCUACAACGAACCGUAUGCUCCGCGUCGCCGUCAACUCUUUUAUGGAUAGCCUGAGCCUUGUAAUCGAGGUUAUGGAGCAGCUUGAUGCCGAUGUGUUGGAGGCUCAAACCAAGGCUCCAUGAAGGAGGGAAUUAAGGGGUUCAAUUUUGGUCAUUGGGUCAUUUGGAGGUUUGCUUUUAAAAAAUUUCCGGGUCCAACGAAAGAAAAGAAAAAAAAAACAAGAGUGCAGGAGGAUGCCCGAGGCAUCCAACGUGUUUAUUGUGCGGACAGUGCUAUUAAGCGAU